CGGCCAACGGGCCGGGCUAUAGGCUAGUGGUAUUGAAAAGGCGGAAAGGAGGGGAAGUGCAUCCUGAAAUUUCAAAUUGAGAUUUUUAGAUAAAAAAAAAUUGUGGUGGUAUCUAAAAACAAGUUAUUUCAUCAUCAUCUUGUGUGAUCAUUCUGUUAUGGGACAAUCCAAGUACCACAUCGGUUAUACAAGGGAAGGAACCCUUGUAUAUUAGUGUCCACCAAUCUCAUUAGUACGAGGCCUUUUGGGGAGAACACCCAAGAGUAAAACCGUGCGGGCUCGGCCCAAAGCGGACAAUAUCGUACUAAUGGGCUGCCCAGUUAUGACAAGUGGUAUCAGAGCCUGGUUCGGCAGAUCCGGGGCGGUGGACGUCAAUUCGGUGAACCCUCGCUCGGUGACCUCGGGGUUUGAGAUCUGCAUCUGGUUUGGUGGAUCCAGCAGAGAUCCAUGUUUGGGCUUGGCGGAUCAAAGAGAGUUCCGCAUUUGGGAAGCAGAUCAAAGAGAGUUCUGCGUCUGGUAAAGUCCUUGUAUCGAGAAGCCCAUCGAUAGAAGGCAUCUGGCGAAUCAAGAUAAUCGCUGAGGUGAGGACACGAUGUUCGUGGUCCUUGGCUUGAGGGGAGGAUUGUUAUGAGACAAUCCAAGUACCACAUCAGAAAUACAAGGGAAGGAACCCUUGUAUAUUAGUGUCCACCAAGCUCAUUAGUACGAGGCCUUUUGGGGAGGACACCCAAAAGUAAAUCCGUGCGGGCUUGGCCCAAAGCGGACAAUAUCGUACUAAUGGGCUGCCCAGUUAUGACACAUUCAUUGUAUGUUAUUCCAUCACCAAUCAUGUGGUAAUUAGGAGCUGAUACACAGUAUAUUAGGCACUUGGAAUCGAACAUUAAUGUGAUUAGUUGGACACUUAGAUUCUUCCACAUAUCUAACAACCCUAAGGAACAAAAUUAGCUAGCCGACCAAGCUUAGUGCAUAAACAUACACUAAGAUAAGUGCUAACUAGCUAACAUAUAUUCUCCUGGGAAACAAUCUACCUAAAUUGGCUAUAUAUAGCUAGAUCUCUUCCAACAAUAUCUUAAAAAGAUUCCCCAAAUGUGAAUUUUAUCGAUGCAUAUGUUCGGGGCUCUUUAAAUUUUAUAGGAACGGGGAAUUCCAUCUUACGGGUACAACCAUGUUAGUGUUGUCUAUACAACCAUACCAAAAGAUUGACUGUUUUCAAUAAUGAUAAGCGGUAGAAAUUAAUUAAAACGCCCCGAGUUGCAACAGGUAUGUAGAAUUUGAUGAUGCGGAAGAUGAAACAUCAUCAGACAAGAGAUUUUACGUGGUAUACUCGAUCGAUUGAUUGAUCGCGAGAUUAAUCCACGGUGAGCUCGAAAGAGCUCACGGCUGACGUUUUAUUGAACGACUACAUCUUGACUGCUUGCUUCCGACAUGACCGUAGCUAAACUUUUUAUAGAGAUAGACUUAGAGUUAAAACCCUACUAUCUUAGUAGUAGCCAACCAUCAUGAAUCUGAUUCAAUUUAUUAUAUUCGAAAGAGUAGACAUUACCAAAAAAAAAAAAACUGAAUCCAAAAGCAUACCGCGCGCCAACUAUCACACAUCUCGUUGUCUUACCACUUGAGCCACGCUUUUCCCCGACUAUGUGGAGGAAAAUUAAGAAUCUUUCCCAUUGUUCAGGUUCUUUGUGGCUCAUGGGCUCAUCAUCAUCAUGUUUAUAUGCGAUCCUACCGAUCGAAAAUGCAAGUCUUAUCCAGGAAAAUUGCUGAUUGCAUGGAUUCGAUUGAUAUGCAGAUUGCAGAGACAUCUUCGUCAGUCGUCAUUGCGAUUUAUGUCAGCAGCUAUAGCAUCUGGCCUACGUACGGCCAUGCAAUUUGCACUGUGGUGGAUAGGGGUGUCCAUUCGGGUUCGUUUUUUUGGGUUUACCCGAAACCGGCUCGAUUAUAUACAUUUUCGGUUUUUUGGGUUCGGGUUCGUUUCGGGUUUCAGGUUUUUCAGUUUCGGGUUAGGUUUUGCUUAUCGAUUUUUCGGGUUCCGGCUAAAAACCUCCAAUGAAUAGAAAUCAACCCG